UUUGACAUUAGAAGUUUCAAUUUUCGUCAACCUAUCUUCUCAAAAUUAUACUGCCUUAAUAUUUUAAAACUUUAAUUAACCAAAUAUUUGAAGAAAGUUAAAAAAAAAAUGUCUGUACCAAUUCCAGGCAUUACAACUCAUGCUCGACAAGUAUGUAGCUUGUAUAAACGAGCUCUUAGAAAUUUAGAGGCAUGGUAUGAUCGUCGAUACAUAUUUCGUUAUCGAGCUGUAUUACUAAGGCAGAGAUUUGAAGAAAAUAGAAAUGUUACCGAUAUAAGAGCUGCUAGUCAGUUAUUGGCUGAUGGAGAAAAAGAACUUUUUGAAACUCAACAUUGGCAACCAAGAAAAUUUGCUGGCAGUCCAGGAGGAUGUGCUUUUCAACGUGAAGUAAUUCCUCCAGAUUGGAUUCUAGAUUAUUGGCAUCCAUUAGAGAAAGCUCAAUAUCCAGAAUAUUUCAAACGUAGAGAAGAACGUAAAAAAGAAUUUGUUGCUUGGUGGGAGAAGCAAUAUGGUAAACAUAAUCCCGAAGAUUUGCAUCAUUAAAUUAUUAAUUGUUUAUAAAAAAAAAAAGUUAUUUGAAAACGAAAUUAGGAAAUUAUAUUGAUUAAUAUAAAAAUAAAACAAUUAUUUUAGUUGCUUUUAUUUAA